AUGGAUCUGUCCACCUUCCAGUUGGAGUUCAUGGUAGCUAAGACAUCAUUAAUGCUACUCAAAAAUUUCAUCCCUGUCCUUAUUCCACUCAUCCUUUUCGUUAUCUUUCUCUGCGAAUGGCUAAAUCACACAGAAAACCCCGCAAAAAGCCUCCCACCUUCACCACCAAGAAUUCCUAUAUUCGGAAACCUUCACCAGGUCGCCCGCUUAAGCAUCCCACAACGUGGAUUGAGAGCAUUGGCUCAAAUAUAUGGUCCGGUGAUGCGGCUCCGGCUAGGUCGAAGAGAAGCAAUCGUGAUCUCUUCCGCGGAGGUAGCUGAACAAAUCCUCCGGACAAACGACCUCAUUUUUGCGGAUAGGAUUCAACCAACCUUUGUCGGAAGACUUCUCUACGAUUUUAAGGAUAUCGGAUUUUCGCGAUACGGGGAAUAUUGGAGGCAAAUGCGACUCGUUACAGUUUCCAGGCUUCUGACGACCAAGAUGGUUCAAUCAUUCAGAAGCCUACGUGAAGAAGAGAUCAUCAACAUGUUGGGGAGCAUUAGGGAAUCUUGUUUUUCAGGUUUCACUGUACGCAUAAAUGAGAUUUUAGCAAGGUUUAGUAAUAACAUAAUCUCUUCCGCAGCCAUUGGGAAGAGGUACUCAGAAUUGAAAAAUGGGAAUCGGUUUCAGGAGUUGUUUUCGGAGUGCACAAUGAUUUGUGGGUAUCCAAAUGUUGCCGAUUUCAUCCCUUGGCUUGGAUGGCUUAAUCGCAUCAAUGGUAUGGAGUCAAAGGUGAAUAGGGUUGCAAAAGAAGUGGAUGAAUACAUAGAAAGUAUUGUUGAACAAGGUGUUGAAAAAAUGAUGAGCAGCAGGAGUAUCAAUGGUCGUGAUUGUAAAGAGGACAAAAGGCCGCAAAAUUUCUUGGAUAUCUUGCUUGGCCUCCAGCAGGAAAAUGCCCUUGGAUUCACUCCCGAUAUUGAUUCAAUUAAAGCUCUUAUUUUGCUAAAAGAUGAGGUGAGACAAUUGUCACGUUGUAAGUCGAAAUCAGUUGAUAUGAUCACCGAGGAUUUAGGAAGUUUACCAUAUCUUAAAGCAGUUAUCAAAGAAGUCUUACGUAUGCAUUCUCCGGCUCCGUUCCUUGUUCGACAAUCAAGAAAGGCGGUAAAGAUCCUGGGUUAUGAUAUUGCACCCGGAACAUUCGUUUACAUCAGUGGUUGGGCGAUUGGAAGAGACAUUGAAUCGUGGGAAAGACCAGAUGAAUUUCGACCAGAGAGAUUCCUAAAUAACAGCCCUGUCGACUUAAAAGGACAUCAUUUUCAAUUCUUACCUUUUGGUUCUGGAAGGAGAAUUUGUCCUGGUUCCGCCUUUGCCUUAGUUAUAGCAGAGCUUGCACUUGCCAACUUGAUUCUUAACUUUAACUUUAAAUUGGCUGAUGGAAAGAAACCUGAGGAAUUGGACAUGAUUGAAGCUCAUGGUCUGGUCACGAUUAAGAAAACCCCAUUACUUGUUGUUGCCAGUCUACCAAAUUAA